AUGGCUUCUCCACGCUGUGGUCAUAAUCAUACCUUAAAUGGACGAAAAGCAAAUGCACUAAGAGUAGAGAGGAGAGCAGAGGAGAGUGUGAAGGAGAGUGUGAAGGAGAGUGUGAAGGAGAGUGUGAAGGAGAGUGUGAAGGAGAGUGUGAAGGAGAGUGUGAAGGAGAGUGUGAAGGAGAGUGUGAAGGAGAGUGUGAAGGAGAGUGUGAAGGAGAGUGUGAAGGAGAGUGUGAAGGAGAGUGUGAAGGAGAGUGUGAAGGAGAGUGUGAAGGAGAGUGUGAAGGAGAGUGUGAAGGAGAGUGUGAAGGAGAGUGUGAAGGAGAGUGUGAAGGAGAGUGUGAAGGAGAGUGUGAAGGAGAGUGUGAAGGAGAGUGUGAAGGAGAGUGUGAAGGAGAGUGAUUCGCAAUGCGGACAGGUAAGGAAAGAGGAAGAGGAAGAGCGGAACUGCAGGGCAGCCGCAAUCGACGUGCUUUGGGCUCUCAAAAAUGACCGCACCCUAUCACUGCAUUUCCUCGGUGAAGCUAUCACGUGA